AUGCUAGACGACCAGGUUUAUUCCAUCCAACAAUGUGGAACCUUUACCAAAGGAGUUUGGAUCAGACAGACCGGACCAAUAACCAUGCAGAGGCAGCAUAUAGAAGACUACAGUUCGAAUUGGGAGCAGAUCAUCCAACCAUUUGGAAAUGGCUUGCGGCAGGUGCAGAAAGGUCGAGGUUUAUAUCUCGAGCAACUUGUGGCGGGCAAUGGCAAUCUCCCACCAUUGAAGUUAAAAAAUUUAGGCAUGCAGAUGAACGCAUUUUAUAGCUUGUUCAAAAUUUUUAGACAGAAGAAGCAGGAUGAUUGGAUUACCAUAGCUACAAAUUUAAACAUUAGUGUUUUGGAUGUAAAACAAAAAAUAAGCAGUCUGCUGGGUUCUUUCCGCAGAGAAAAAGCUAAAGGUACACAGACUACUGGAACAGGUAAAGGUGUAAAUAAAAUAUUUUUAUAUUUUCCGUGCGAAAACAUCGACGAAAAUAUUGCCGAAGACCAUGUUUCAGAAAACAUUGAUGUAACUCUGACGGGUAAUAAUGAAACUGGUGGCCAUGCUUCAUCUAUAAUAGAGAAACCUGUUUCCAUAAAUAAUGAAACGGAUGAGUGCCAUACUUUCCAAUCACCCAAACCAAAAAGAAACAAAAUAAGUACAAAGAACAGCAACUCAAGAGCUGAAGAGGCCUAUCGCAUUUUGAAAGAAACCGUUGCUUGUCCGCAAGAACCUGCAGAUCCAUUCUCUGUUUGUGGCGCACAUUUCGGAAACAAAUUAAAAACAUAUAGCCCAAGGACACGUGUUGAAGUUAAGCAUGCAAUAAACCAAAUUUCAUAUGCAGCAGACAGAGGAAAAUAUGAAACUUCUCCCAUGAAUGCGUAUGCACGUAUGGACUGGACCCAUCGAACACCUUCUCCUGGAAGUAUUUCCCAAUUAAACUCUAGUUAUCAAUGCCCUACACCCAGUUCUUCGCAUUUCUCACUGGAUAUGCCCGAUCUAAAUGCUGUUUUUCUAGAUUUAUAA